GACCGAUUGGUUAAUUUGGAAGAAUUUGGAGGUUAGGUUAGGUGGCUGCUGCUGCUGCACGACUCCCCAGACGUUUAUCCAUUGUCAGCAAGAGCAGAAGAACUUUCAUAUUGAGAUGGAGAUGGAUUUUCGAGAUAUUACCAGUGAUUUGAAUAGCGUCGUGAUCCAGUUCCUCAGGAACAUCAAGACAAUAGUGGAUCGAGCCUACUUUCAUCCUUACUACAAGAAGAGCAACUUCGAGGAGGACGUAAAGUCCAUCGAUGAUCUGGGCGAAGAAGCGCCUAAGACCUCUUUCUCGUUUGUUCCAAUGGAGGAGCGGUUGAUGGAGACGUACACCGGUAAAGAAGUGCUGGAGGUGCUGAAAGAGUCUGAUGUUAUGAGACUGGUAGAAGUAUGUAUCGAAAUCUUCUACACGUACAGCGAAAUCAUGUUUCGCAACCAUAAUCAUGUGAUCGAAACUUACGCCAUCGAAGUUAUGGGAUACGAUGUUGCCCGGUGCACCCUGUCUUUGCAGAGGGUCGAGGUCUUCGAUACAACCACUGUUGAGGCUUACGCGAUGAACCACAUCAAAUACAUGAUCAAAACCAUCGGAUCCAUCGAUUCAGUCAACUGCAAGUACGGUAUAACGCUGUAUCACGAGAUGAGCGUGAUUAUAUUGCACUACAAGAAUAUUAGGUCUAUAGAAAGGUUCGUGAUUGAGGAGCUAUGUACAAUAUUCACAAAUUUCCUACGUUACUUGGAGAGCGGCGAAAAAUUGUCGGCCUGGCACAGCGAGUCCUUCGCCAUACUGCUGAAUAUAGCUUACGAAGUGAUCGAGAAUUGUACGCUGAUUUCGGUCUACGAUGUAAAACUGAAGCACCUGUUCUCUCUGCUUACUCCUGUAUUUGAUGGUCUAUGCUUACAUUUCCCAGACUACAUACAGGAUGUUAUACAGAACUGUGUGUAUCUAAUACGUGAUGUUGAGUGAUUUAUUGAAAAUCAUUUCUAACAUUAAUUCAUAAACUUAUAUUUAUUUUCCAGAAAUGUUGACCAGAUAUUUUUGUACCUUUUUUUUAGCACAAAUUUCGUGCUCAUUGUUUCGACCUUUUAUCAUUCCCGAUAAGAUUUGUACAAUUAUUCAACUAAUAUUCAUUCAAAUAUCGAUAACAUAGAUUAACAGAAUAAAUAUAACUUAUUUUCUGCAGGAAUUGCAUUGAUCUCAGGAUUCAUUGAACUGC